CAUCACGUUGGCUGACCAAAGCUUCUAGGUCGAAUGCAUUCUUGGAGCGAUACCAGCCUCCGCCUGCAAAGUCGUCACCAACUCGACUUGUAUCUGUACUGAUACUGGCUUGUACAACACAGUACAAACAUGUGUUAUAUCAUCCUGUACUGUUGAACAGGCGCUAGAGAUAUCGAGGAUCCAGGACAAGGCAUGCGAACGACCGUACCGCUCUCGAAGGGAAGAUCUUUGGGGCUUCAUCGGCGUGGAAGCCUUCACAUUGAUUUGUGUCAUCAUGCACAUUAUCGCUCGAAAGUUUAGUUUGCGCGAAUACGGAGUCGACGACUACAUCAUGUUCGUGGUCCUGGCGCUCUAUCUUCCAUUUACGAUACUUGGACAAUAUGCUCGCCUGACAGGUUUUGGCGUGGAUAUCUGGACAGAAAGCAGUGCAACUAUCACUACCGCGCUCAAGCUCUUCUUCGUCGAUGAGAGCUUCUACCUGGCACUUUUGGCUCUAUGCAAGAUUGUGAUGCUGUGCUUUUUUCUCAGGAUCUUCCCAAAUAAGUGGUUUCGUAUUGCGGUAUACGUAACGAUUGGGUUCGUGGCAUUGACGGCUAUUCUAUUGAUUUUCCUGCAGAUCUUUCAAUGCUGGCCUAUAAACUACAACUGGGAGGGCUGGAAAGGAACUUAUGGGAGCCAUCACUGCUUUAACGUCAACACUCUCACCUAUACGGCCGGCGCGAUCUCAAUAUUUCAGGAUUGCCUGCUCCUUGUGCUGCCUCUGCCCCUUUUGCUCACCCUGAACACAAGCUGGCGGAAGAAGAUCAACAUCGUCGUGAUGUUCAGUCUCGGGUUCUUUAUCUUGCUCACGAGCAGCAUUCGCCUGAGAUAUAUUGUGCAGUUCGCUCGUACCCUCAACCCGACCUGGGACUACGUCGAUGUUCUUAUAUGGACGGCAUUGGAGGUCAACAUUUCGAUUAUUGUUAUAUGUCUGCCCGCGAUACGCGCUUUCCUCUCGCAGUCCGUACCAAAGAUCUUCGGCACGACGGUGCGCUCGGCGUCAGCGUCCCAACCAAUUUCAGGCACCCGGGGCACCAAGUUGACGUCACGACAGAAGGGAUCGAAAUUCUCCAGCAUAUUUUCUACAAGAGGGGGCGACGAUGAUGCGGAUAGUCAGCUGGAACUAGGCGAUAGGCGUCAAGGACACACGGAAACAGAAAUAGCCGUCAACUACGGUCAAGGCGAUGAUCGGUCGAACGACUCCAUCGCAAGUCAGCCCGGCAUACACGUCAGGAAGGAGACGUUCUGGAUGGAAGAAGGCAGGGAAAAGUCAUCGAGGUGACAGCGCUAGUGUAACAUAACGAACGACGAAGAAUGAUAAGAGACUCAGCACAGAUUUCCCGUACAGGCCAUGCCAUUGCCUUGGCUGAAUUCAUGGAUCGCGAAAAGUGGUGCCACAAAUGUACGUAUGUUGACUGGUUGUGGCUGCUUUCGGUAAUUUGGCUGGCGCCAACAUGUAAUGCAGGAUUAAUUGCGGUAACCUUGUCUCUGGCACUGACAAAUACUAGGCGCAUCCGCACGGAUUGCUCUGACAUCGCUUCGUCGAUGUUUGCUUCAAACCCAUAAUCCCAAUUAAUUGACUAGCAGUCCCGAUCUAUAAUCUAGAAGCUUCAACAUACUUGUG